AUGCAGGGAUCGCCGUUCACGCUCAGGUUGGGCGAGCCAAACUUCACUGGGAAACUGAACCUUGAGAACGAUCUCGUCAAUAAGCCGUCCGAUCUCCACGCCCUGAAAAAGCCCCUCAAAAGCCUCGAAAAUUUCGAAAACGGGAUCCUCUUCACCAUCCACCAAACCCUAGAGUCCUGGAUCUUUGCCGUGCGAGAGCUGCUACAACGGAUUGGGGAUUGGGUGGAAGAAAAGGAAUACGAGAAGGCUGCAAGCAAUUGUUGGUUGCUCAAGCGGAUUUGGAAGCUUCUAACAGAGAUCGAAGAUCUACACCUCCUGAUGGACCUAGACGACUUCCUCUGCCUCAAAAACCAACUCUCGAUCAAAGUGACGAACGAAUCUGAAGCCUUCUGCUUCAGAUCAAUGGCUCUAAUCGAACUGACAUGGUCAUCGAAGGAUCUAAAGUAG